GCGGACGUGGCGGCCAUGAGGCGCGACGGCGGGGCCGGGGGCAGGUACGGGCGGCGCUGGGGAUCGCUCCCGGCCGCUUCCGGGGAGGGGCGGGCAGGCAGGCAGAGGGGCCGGGUCUCUCCUCUCCGGGAAGGAGGGGCGGAGCGCUGGGGGGAAGUCGCGGCCGGGCCUGCAUCUCCGCUGGGGCCGGCGGCCCCGCUCAGCGUGCCACGUCUGCCGCCCGCCCCUCACAGCCGUCCUGGGAGCAUGGCCGGGAGAGGCCCGGGCUGCAGCCUGCAGCUGCCGGCCGGAGCGCAGCCUCCCGGCGGCGGCCACCUCUACCCGGCGGAGGGCGAAGGGCUGGAGGAGGAGAGCGAGGUCUUCGAGCUGCGGCCGCGGGGCAGGGAGAAGGUCCGGCGGAGCACGUCGAGGGACAGGCUGGACGGCAUCAUCCUGCUGACGAAGGACAUCCAGGAGGGGGACACGCUGAACGCGAUCGCGCUGCAGUACUGCUGCUCGGUUGCAGAUAUCAAGAGGGUUAACAAUCUUAUCAAUGAUCAAGACUUUUUUGCACUGAGGUCUAUCAAAAUACCAGUGAAAAAGUUCAGUGUAUUGACCGAAACACAUGUCUCUCCAAAAGGCAGAACAGUUCUCCGGCCUGCUCACUAUUCCUCAGAAGUGCAUGAAGCAUCACCUUCUGAUAAAUUCACUGCUAAUGAGACUGCUGGCAACUUCUUAAAAGAAGUGGAUCGAGAUAUAGAAGAAAUUGUGAAGUGUAAUGAUACAAAGAGAGAGAACCUUAAUGAAGUGGUUUCUGCCUUAGCAGCCCAACAGGUCUGUUUUGAAACUGAUGGUAAAAGUAAAAAAUGCAAGGAUCCAUACUAUGGAGCAGAUUGGGGGAUAGGAUGGUGGACAGCUGUUGUGAUUAUGUUGAUUAUUGGCAUAAUAACGCCCGUUUUUUAUCUCCUGUAUUACGAAGUUUUAGUGAAAGCAGAUGUCAGUCACCAUUCUACAAUGGAAUCUGCCCACUCUUUUGUCACAGCAGCAUCACAUCAGAAACAAAUAGAAAAUGGAAGACAUCCAGCAAAUAGUAUAAAUGUUAAUAAUCAAGGAGACCUCCAGCCUUACAGCCGAAAACCCCAGGCAAAUGUUAUUCAUAGACACAUAACAUAGCAUUAGAUAAAACCACAGAAUACAAAAUUCAUCUGGAAUGCAGAGAAAAUACUUACUGAUGUAUGAUUUAACUUUAUGGGCAGUGUUCCAGUAUCAGGAUAUUUCUGUGGAUGAUAUAAUCCUGUAAUAUGCUUCAGGCAGGAGAUUUUGUUGCAAGAUUGGGAUAUAAAUUAAGAUACAAAAUUGUCUCUGAAGCUUUGCACUUUUCUUCUAGUUUGAUAGGUGUGUGUUUUCUAAUUAAUGACAAGGUAAAAGAAGGUAGUUUGAGUUAACACAUAAGGAAUUUCACUGUACAUCUUACAGCCCUGACGUGGGCAUUUGGGGAUAUCGUAUCUUUUAAAGUAUUUAUAGAAUGCAUAGUACACUUGACAUUUUUAUAUCAAGUUUACAGUUGCCAGUUAAGACUAUGUUCUUAAAAUCUUAUUUUUCUUACAGAAUUCUUAAAACUCAAUCAUUCCAUAAUUAAUUGCCACUAUAAAGUCCACUUUUUGUUAGAAGCCUUUCACAGAGGCAGUAGCUAAUACUUAAGGUGGAAUAUUCAAAUUCUGUGCCUGUGAUCAACCUGUUCUUCAGUACUUUUCAGUAUAGACAGGAGGGUAGCUUGGUUGCUGUUCAUGUCAUACAUGUUCCUUUGUAUGUCAUAUGUUCUUCAACACAGUCAAGGAUCUUUUCUUUAGAACUUCACAUCCCUCUCAAUGGUGUCCUUCUGCUGACUUGACUGGACUGCACUUCUCUUCUGGUCAGCUGUAUAUGAAAUGAAAUAAGUGAAGAUGUGUGACACUUUGCUGUGAUUGCUUCAUUAGUCUUUAUUUUUUUGGUAAUGACUCUUUCUUCCUCCAGUAGAUCUGAGUGUAAAAGCAACUGAUUCUUCAGACAGUGGUUAUCAUUGGGUUCUGAAUGUGCUAAUGGUCGCGUGCCCAUGAACCUGAAAUACCAACUUCUUCCUGAAAUCUCAUACAGAACUUCAGAUGAGAUUCAGUGGCUGCUAGCAAGAAACUGACACUGCAGCAGAAUAGAUCAGUUGCAUCUUCAAACUGUUCUUUAGUUGGUAUUCUUCAACCACUCUCUUCUUGAAUGUUUCAUUUGCUUUCACGAACAAACUUAUUUUCCACCUUCUAUUCUCCCCUACCUGAAAAUGCUACAGGAGAAAAACAAACAAAAAAGAACAGGACUUUUCAUACAGAAAAAUAAGCAAAGAGGUUCUUGUAUACGCUGAAUACUUUUAAAUAAAAACUCAUGCGUUGCCUAUAAUCUUUCGUUAUAUUUGCCUUGUGAACUAAAAUGUCCAUGGUCCUGUCUGAAAUAAUAUUUAUUACCACAGCUGAAGUUAACCGAUUUUAGUCUGACAUGAGAGAAAUGGAAAAAUAUCACUAACUUUUCAAUUUAAACACUAUCAUAACCUCUCCUGUGACUGCCUUGACUGUGUAUGCAGUAUGAAAAAUCAAAGCAAGUAUUUUUUUGAAUUUUGAAAGGAAAAGCUUAUGCCACUCUUUUGCCCCCCCCAAAAUGGGGCAAGUAUUAUUCACUGGUGUUCUAAGUGUAUGAACAGGAAUUGGAUUAAUGUAUGUAGGUUGUUCCGAAAGUAGUGCCUCCUACUUAUUUUGAUGGAAAUUAUAACGGGUACAAAGAGCACAAUAACACUGUUUGAUAGAGCAAAUUCUUAGCUACAAAACACUGUUUUUCAAUAGUCACCACUAUUACGCGUUUUGCUUGGAUGAGAGAUAGAGGCACUCUUCAUUUCAUUGUGUGUCAGCUGUGCCUGGAUGUCCAGAAUGUGGCUUGUCUUUCACAUCGCUGUUGCUACUGUUGAAAUGCAUGACCCACCACCUUACUGUGCUUAUAACCACUUUUUGGUCUCCAUAAAUGUUUGGUAAGCAUCAGUGGGUGCCAGUUUUUCUGCCCCUUUGUUGCCAUCAGUCACAUGACAACAAAAUAUAGAAUAUUGGUGGGAGGGUGCAGCGUCUGAGGCACGGACACAGAUGCGAACAAUGCAAACCAUUUAUUACAGGUUCUAACAUCCCUUAUAUACAUUCACAAGUUUUCUCUCUCUUAACUUUCCCAGCCACCUUUACAUGUCAGCAAAGCACUCCACAAACACUCCUUAACUGUGCAUGCAGGUGCUUAUCCAAUGAGAGCCGUGAGUCAUUGCUAGCCAUGCGUUCUUCCAGUUACGGUUAUCAGGUGGCCAUCACGCAGCUUACUUGACUUCGUUUUUCUCUUCUGGAGGUGUCCUUGGUUCUCAGCCUUGCCUUCUCAUGCUGUUUAUCUUGCUCCACAGCUUCUGCUCUGAAGAGUCUUUCUUGUAUUCCCACAGGAAGCUUUAACCUCUAUUGCUGUAUCACCAACAUCCACCUCUGACAUUGUGGGCCAACAUCAUAAAAUAGGAGGCAUUAUUUACAUUAUGUUGAAAGUAUAGCCUAAAACAUGAAGGAAAGCAUUGUACAGUUGGACCUGUGAACUAUUUACCAGUGGCUACUGAACACUUCAGUGAAAGCAGUAUGUCUGGAGAUAGUGUGGCUGCUCAUAGUUUCCACACAAGGAGAGGAAUUCAAAUCAGUGUGCACUUCAUGUUUCACAUAACGCUUGUUUUCAAAAAUCUUGUUAAAUAAUUGUUCUUUUCUUGAAAACCAUAUGCUAACUACACAGGCAUGAAUGUUGAAGUACCAGUUCUGGGUAAGGCUGUACAAAAAGUUGUAUUGUGAAAUAAUUUGUGGUGGCCAAAUGUGAUGCAGCUUCUAUGGGUCAAACUUGAAAAGCAAGUGAACUUUAAAAAUAGGUGACUUGCACUCGUCCAGAUAACAGAAUUUUGGCACAGUAAGACAAAUAAGCCACGGUCCUCCUGGGGUUGGGACCUGCUGCCUAAUGUGUCAGUUUUUUGGUUGAAGCUUAUUUGCUGUUUUGCCUCCUUCCUCCUCAUUUUCUAUGAAACCUCAACAUUUUUAAUACUUUAUCCUUUAAUUUCUUAGGAAAUUUUAGCUACUGUGAUUAUGUAACAUAAAGUUUGAUUUACCACGUGUACCUUAACAGGCAGGUAUGAAAUUGCCACCUCAUUCAAAGAGGUCUUAAUUUCCGUUGUGGUUUCACUUUGUUAACUGUUCUCUGUUAACGGUUGCUUUUUGUCCUGUGGUGUUAAGAGUUGAAUGGUUCUUUGGUGUAUCUCAGGCUUCGGGCUUUUAUAGUGUUUUAAGACUUACUGUCACUGAGUUGUUAAAAGUGGGAUGGUAAGCAGUUAAAGAAUAAGGGAAAGGAUUUUGUUGAAUGAGAGCAUACUUUGGCCAAGAGUCUGGCAUGUUUUUACUGUUACGUAGCAUAUUUUAUUUAGCAUGUUUUUAAAUUAGAAGCUUACUGUUAAUCAGAAAAUACAAUCUUGGAAGGAGAAUUUCUGUAGAACUUAGGUACAAACAACAGCUGUUUUUGCUGUUUGUAGGAUGCAAUUUUUACUGUCUUUUCCAAAGUGCAACAUGAAUGGCAGUGCAUCAUCGUCUGAAUAAACUGAGUAAAUCCUCUGUAUGAAACUAAAAUCUGAUAUACUAAGUUAAUUGUAAAGCUAGUCUUUUAGAAAUUGACUUUGAAAUAUAAAAACAAACUGAAUGGUAAAUCACAUUAUGGAGUAACUACAACACAUUGUUGGUCAGGAAGUUGGUUUGGAAUAUAAGUGCAUAUUGCACUGUUGGAUCAUAUAAAAUUUUAAAUGCUUUAAAUCUGCUAUAUUUUGGAAUAUAUUGUCACAGAUAAUCUUUGUAUAACUGUUUUAUAAAGGUUCAAACUAUAACUUUGUAAAAUAGUCCUGAAUGAGGAUGCAAGUCUUAUUUAAAAUACUUCUGCACCUCUGCUUUUAGAAGAACAUAAGUAAAAUGCAUAAAAUAAAAGUUUUAUUUUAGAUUGCAGUGAAA